AUGACCAACCACCCGACCCAGGCCAACGGCAUGCAGGGGCCCCGGAAGGAGCACCUGUACAAGGUGCUGGUGAUCGGGGACCUCGGGGUGGGGAAGACCUCCAUCAUCAGGCGCUACGUGCACCAGACCUACUCCAACAACUACCGGGCCACCAUCGGGGUGGACUUCGCCCUGAAGGUCCUGAACUGCGACUCGGAGACUGUGCGGCUGCAGCUGUGGGACAUCGCAGGUCAGGAGCGUUUCGGAAACAUGACGCGAGUGUACUACCGUGAAGCCAUGGGAGCCUUCAUCGUGUUCGACGUGACGCGGCCCACCACCUUCGAGGCGGUCAUCAAGUGGAAGGAGGACCUGGACUCCAAGCUGAGGCUGGAGAACGGACAGAGCAUCGCCACCGUGCUGCUGGCCAACAAGUCGGACCAGGGCCGAGAGUUGAGCAACAGCGCCAUCAAAAUGGACCAGUUCUGCAAGGACCACGGCUUCGUCGGGUGGUUCGAGACCUCGGCUAAGGAUAAUCUCAACAUCAGUGAAGCUGCGAACUUCCUGGUCAAGCACAUCAUGGCCACGGAGAAUGAAAUCAUGAAAUCGAUGGUAUCGGACACCGUGUCACCGCGGUACGACGACGAAAGACAGACCAGCUGCUCCGGCUGCUUCAAACAAUGA